AUGAGUAAAGAUAAGGUCAAAGCUUUGUGGGAUAUAAGAACCACAAAGGUCAUUAUUGACUUGUGCAUUGAGAAAGUUGAAAAAAGGGGAAGAAAAGGAACUAGCUUGACAAAGCCUGCUUGGGCAAGUUUUGGAGACAGUUUCACUGCAAAGACUGGGAGAGAAGUUCCAGUCUACGAGAAAUUUAGAGAAAAAAGGCUUCAAUUUCGAGCUGAAUUGACUCAACUAUUUGGGACUAUAGUUGCAACUAGACCACAGUCAUGGGCACCUUCUUCCAUGACACUUCCAAGUGAAGGAGUACCUGAAGAUGAUAUAGAAGAAGGGUCUGGAGAUAGUGAUGAAGUUUUGGAGGUAUCAAUUGGCAUAAGCGGGGAGUUUAAUUUGGUCACAUUCAAUGACAAUAGUGGAGGCAACACUGUGAUAAGACAGGAAACCAUUUGUGGGGGUAGAAGCACAGGUGGGGGUCGACCUAAUAGCUCAUUAGGGUGUGAACAUGAAGAAAUUUCAGAAGCACAUGCUAGGAGGCUAGAAGAAGAAGCAUGUGCUUAUGAGACGUCAAUUGCGGGAGUCAUGGAGCAACUUAAUGAAGUUGAUGAAGUUGUUGAUGAUCUUGAUCUGUUUGGCUGGUGCACAACACUCCUUAUGAAGGAGCCAACUGCAAGGGAAAUGUAUAUGGCUCUGAAGAAUAAGAGGGAGAAACUUCACAUCUUCUUGAAGGAAGCAACUAAGGAUUAA